AUGGCCGACACCGAAGCUACCAAGCCCACCGUCGAUGCUACCGAGCAGGCCGCUUCGGGCGCUGCUGCCGAGGAGGCGGAGAACGACCCGCACUUUGAGCCCGUCAUCAAGCUCGAGAACCAGGUGGAAGUCAAGACGCACGAGGAGGACGAGUCGGUGACGUUCAAAAUGCGCGCCAAGCUCUUCCGCUUCGACAAGGAGGCCAAGGAGUGGAAGGAGCGUGGUACCGGCGACGUGCGUCUGCUCGAGCACAAGCAGACGCACAAGGUGCGCCUCGUCAUGCGCCGCGACAAGACGCUCAAGGUGUGCGCCAACCACUACGUCACCAGCGAUAUGAAGCUCAGCCCCAACGUCGGCUCCGACCGCUCGUGGGUGUACAACGUGGCUGCCGACGUUGCCGAUGGCGAGCCUACCGCCGAGACGCUCGCCAUCCGCUUCGCCAACUCGGACAACGCCAACGCCUUCAAGGACGCCUUUGAGGCCGCACAGAAGUCCAACGCCGCCUCCAAGUCCGACGCACCACCCACCGCCGCCGAGGACGACAAGAAGGACGCCGCGCCAGAAGCUGCCAAGGACGACGACAAGGCUGACGACAAGAAGGACGAGUAG